AAUAUUCUCUAUUGAAGGAACUGACACAGGGAACUUUAGCUCUUUUCAGAUGGAAUUAUCACAAGGGGGUUUCAGUGUGGCCAUUUCAGAGGGUUCAAAGAUUUUUGGAGCGGUUGGGGCAUACUCCUGGUCAGGAGGAAUGGUGCAGGGUCUUACUGAUCAAAUGCUCAAUUCAUCAUUCAUUAAUGCCACAAAUAUGGAGGAGGAUAUUGCAGAUUCCUACUUGGGUUACUCAAUUGCUGUGGCACCAGUAAAUGGUCAUGUUGUGUAUUUUGGGAGCACCAAGGCAUAGACACACAGGGCUGGUCCUGGGCUUUAGAGAGAACAAAUGGAACCACAGUUGGACCAUCAUUCAUAGGAUAUAUGGAUCACAGCUCGGCUCAUAUUUUGGGGCAGAAUUAUGUGUGAUUGGAGUUUCUGAGUUUUU